CGGUCCUGUGCGCGUUCGAGCUCCUUCUGCUCGUACCAGACCAGGCGGCUCCUCUCCUCCUUACUCCCUGUGAUCCUAUCCUAGAAGUGGCCGGGUUACCUUUGCCUGGGCAGGACUAGGAGGACUCUCUCGACCGGAGCAGAUACCAGAGACGGUAUAUCCAUGAGCCUUCCAGACCAAACAAAAAUACAUUUGGAUGAAUACUGUGAUAGUUUGGAUGUUACUUGUCAUCAUAGAAUUCAGAAUACAAAUCUUGCAAUUCAACAGGUUGAGAAUAUAUUGAGUAAAUUAGAAAGCUGUGAGUUCUUAUUCCCUUCAUCAAGACAGCUGGUGCUGGCAAAUCCAUCCUGGGGAGAUCAAGCUUUUCAAACCAGGGUUAAAGUGUUGUGCAUGUGGUUUAACCUCACCAUUCAACUUAACAAGAAGAUAGAAAUACUUGGACAAAUCCUUAUAGGCAUUAGUUCCCGUCACAAGCUGAGUAUACCCUGGCCUGAUCUAUCCUUCAAGCCAGAAACUUCAGAGGAACCUGCCAGUCGUGAACAGGCGUCUUGUGGGGAUAUACCUGAUGUCAUUUCUGCUCCUGCUCCUGCUUCUAGUUCAACUCCUACUCCUACUCAACUCCAUCCCUCUCCUGUGAAAGUUCGGUUUAAGAUGUGUAAUGAGGUGAUUACUAGUUCCCCGAGUGAUUCUAAUAAUUCAACAGAUUCUGGAGCUGGUAGUGCAACAGAUUUCAAGCUGCAACCACUUAGGCAAGAUUCUGCAAUAUCAACUCAGAGUGGGCACAGCAUCUCUUCACAUAUGAGUGAUAGUUAUUUUGGUGAAAUAUCUCCUUACAGGAGAUAUGUAGAGAAGCUACUGAAGACCCGGGGUAUCAGAAAAAUACUGCAGGGUCUUCAUAAGAUUAUUAGAGGAACUCUUCAUAGAGCUAAAACUGCUCUAGAACCACCACAGGGAUUAGAAGAUCCAGGAGCUGCGCCAGCAUACCAACCUUACCAUCCACAUCUAGAGGAGCGCUGUUCUUCUCUUCCUUGUCCUAGUGAAGACGACCUGGAUCUAUCAGGGUUUGGAUGCUGGAACCCUGAGUUUGCUUCAAUGAACCUUCCUUCCUUUAGAGCAACAUAUCUUUUCCUCUGCAGGGUUCCUCGUGAUAUAAUGCAUGAGUGUCUUAUAAUCCGCUUGGAGCAAAAACCUCUAGAACCGUCUGAGUUAUCUAUCCGUCAAUUGAUGAGAGAAUGCAAGGAAGCUCUGAAACUUGCUGUGGGAGAGAGACAGAAGUAUAUCAGCCGAGUUAAGGCUGGAAUCCAUGAUGUUGAGUUGGACAAAUCAUUCCUUGAGAACUUUGACCGUGAGAUGCAGGAGUAUGAUGAACAUCUGACAGAAACACUAGACGUAUAUCUAGAAUAUCUCAGGAACUUUGUAACGAUGAUUCAAGGAGACUCCUCUUUGCUUAUCUCAACAUAUCAGAAGAACUUGCUGGAACAGGAGUGGGAUUUUAUAAAAUCCACGUGUCCUCAUGUACCUGGUGGGGAGGCUAGAGCUGGAAACACCUUUUGUCAGAUGGCGCGUGGCAUGCUGUCUGCUAUAGAAGAUUUCCUCCAAAGUGGAAUAGAUGAAACUAUGAAAAACAUGUACGUGUUGGCAGACAGCUUUACCGAGGAUGACGAGGUGGAGUUGGAUACGCAAACUAGAAAACGUUUACUCGAAGCUUUUAGAGGAUUUCAAACUCUCUUCUCAGAGGCUCGGGAAAGGUCUGUUAAAGCGAUAUCUUUCGCUAAACUUUUACGAAAAGAUCUUGAAGUAUCAGCUGAGUUCAGUAUGAGUCGGUCUACAGAAGAUGUAUUAAACCGAUUACAUCACACGGGACAUGUUCAAGUAAUUGCUCCACACUCAAGACAACAUUUAAUAUUUAUUCCUAAUUCUAUAAAGAACAAGGAAGAUCAUAUUCUUCAGCUUCUGGAUAUGCACUGUGGUCAGGAUACAACUAAUCAGGAUAUAAAUCAUGGCUAUCUUGUAUUGAUGGAGCAUGGUAUAAGUGAUGUACCCCUCUGGCAUGGUGAGACUAAGUUUGUAAAACCAACAGCAGAAACUACAAUAUCUCUCUCACAAAUAGAGGUUAGCGGAGUACUGUUGGUGGCUCCAAGUGCAGUUCUUUUAGAGGUUCGGAGGAAGGAGUUUAGUAAGAGUAUGCAGGACGUUCUGAUUCCAGGACAGGAACAACGAGCUACUAGUCAGGCUAUAGCGGACAGUUUGGAUGAUGUAAAACAAGGUGCUCUGUCUCUCAGAUCUAAAAUAUGUCAAGAACUAUCGAGUGUUGAAGAAAAGUGUGAUACUUCCUCCCUUGAGAGUCUAGAACCUAUGGAUAGGGAUACAUUGGUCCGCAGGAUGAGAGAAAUUCUUCAACAGUGCUACAAGUUUGGAUUCGAGUAUCAUAAAGAACUAGACAGACUUAUUACUGGAGAUAAUUCAAGAAGGGAUCUUGCGGUUGGUACUAUUCAGUUCUCCAUGCAAUGGAUGAGGUUUGUUUUGGCCUGGUGUGAGAGGGGUAGAGGGCUACGACCUGACUGGGCAGUCAAAGGGAUGGAGUUCUUAUACCUCGCCGCCAGUCCUACAUAUACUAGAUAUCUCACAGAGUGUGAAUUCUUAGAUUUCAAGAACCUGACUGAAGAAUGCCAUAAUCAUGUAGUUGGUGAUGUGAGAGAUACUCCUGAAAGGAAACCGUCAGUCAGUCCACGUGGUGACAGAGGAAGCCGACCUUACUCAAGAUCUGGUUCUCGAUGUGCGUCCCCCCACAGAUCGAUGUCUAGAGAGGACCAGUUACACAGAAAACUAAACGAGAUUGACCCGGACAGAAUUGCCAUGCCUCCGCCUCAAAGUCCCAUCAGUCCAGUACCUCAGAGUCCGAUGGGAACAAUACGAAGACGACGAAGCGAAGGCCGACGAAGCCUGCAGGGUGAUGAACUAGAUGCUUCAGAUCUUUCAGUCAGAGUUCCAGCUUUCGCUCGCAGCUGGAGUGGGGUAGAUUGUAAUUUACCAUGGAGAGAGCGAGUAAAGAAAAGUAUAGAAUGCUUUGAGAGUGAACGAGAAGAACAGAAACAUCAACAACAAGCUAUAGGCCGAGUUUUAGACCAAACUAUGCCUGAGGAUAGAAUACAUAUUAAAGCUAGGCUGGUCAAAUUCUCCUGGCAACGAGGGGUCAAGAUAGGUCAAGGACACUUUGGUAAAGUGUACACUGCUAUUAACAAUGAGACUGGUGAUAUAAUGGCGAUGAAAGAAAUACCUCUCCAACCCAAUGAUCACAAAACUUUAAAAAGUGUAGCUGAUGAGUUAAGAAUAUUUGAAUCCAUUCAUCAUCCUAACCUUGUAAACCAUUUUGGAGUAGAGAUACACAGGGAAGAGAUGUUGAUAUUCAUGGAGUACUGUCCUGAAGGUACUUUAGAGGCACUCUGCAGCAGUACAGAGGCAGGCCUUGAGGAGUCUUUGGUUAGACGGUAUACAGGCCAGCUCCUACAGGCAGUGGCUUGUCUGCAUGAGAACGGAAUAGUGCACAGAGAUAUUAAAGGAGCAAAUAUAUUUCUCACAGAUGAUAUGAGGAACUUAAAGCUUGGAGAUUUUGGUUGUGCUGUUAAAAUUAAGGCACACACUACUAUGCCUGGAGAACUUCAGGGGUUUGUUGGUACACAGGCAUUUAUGGCUCCAGAGGUGUUCACCCGUAAUAUGAGCGAGGGGCAUGGUCGGUCAGCGGACAUCUGGUCACUAGGCUGUGUGGUCAUAGAGAUGGUGACCGGACUCCGGCCUUGGGCAGAGCUUGAGAGUAAUUAUCAAAUUAUGUUCAAGGUUGGAAUGGGUCAAACUCCUGGUAUUCCUUCCACACUGUCAGACGAAGGAAAGAAUUUCUUGGCUCGGUGUUUUGUUCACGAUCCUUUAAAGCGCGAUACCGCUGAGGAUUUGAUAAAUCACCAUUUCACUAAAAUCUACGAAGACGACGAUGUUGCGUCAAUGCCGCUGUUUGCUUCCGUUUCAGAUAUGAGUGAAAUGCGCAAAUCUCUUGUACGAAAAGACAGUGGAAAAUACUGAUGAAGAACCGACUCAGUUAAUGAUAGUAGUAUUAGAGAUAAAUACCUCAGUUAUGAUUUAAUCCUUUAUAAAGAAUCCUUUAAUCCUGAAAAAAUAAAUAAUUACAGAUAUCCUUGAAAUUAUAUAAAUCUAUAAAUUGGUGGGUUUUUUUUGGAGCAAAUGUAAUACUGUUCAAUUCAUCAUGUAUCUUAUGUACCAAGGUUUCGAUAUGUAUUUUGAAUAAAUAAACUCUGUAAUAGUA